AGAGGCACAGGUCUGGCAGCCUGCCAGUUGCCUGGCCGCCUCUUUCUUGCUUUCAGAAACCCGGGGCUCCUGUCCCCACUUGCCCUAGCAGUAGCUCCCUCUCAUCCCCACUGAAGCCCUGCUCACUGCCCGAGACCAUGCUUGCCAUUCCGCUCCUUCUCUUGCUUGUGCCAGGCCUCAUCCUGUACCCGCAGCAGGCCGGGGAUGGGCUGGAUGAGGCCGCACUGGAGCGCAUGCAGCAGCGUGCUGAGUACCUGAAACAGCAGAGGACUCGGCUGGUUCAGGAGCUGGAGCAGAUGGAGCAGGAGCAGAGCGGUGGGGCCUGGGGAGUCCUGCUCGGGUGGCACUUCUGGGCUCUGGCUGGAAUCGCCGUCCUUCACUUGGCCCUGCGGUUUGCACUUGUGAAAAUGGGACACGAUCCACACAACGGUGGCCACAAGGAGAGGUCCAGCACCAACUUGUUGGAGGAGGAAGAAAGAGGAGGCAACGUGGUUGCAAAGGAAGAAACAGAAAGAAGCGUUGCUGCAAAUGUGGAAGAUGACAAAAAGAGGGGAAAUGAAGAAGGCAGUAACAGCGAUGCAAAGGCAGAAAGCAGUGCUGGAAAGGAAGCAAAAGAAGGCUACAACAAUGUGAAGGAAGACGUGAACCAAGAUAAAAAGGUGGUGGAAGCCAAUGCAGCUGGAAAUGCAGAAGACAAUCAGGAGAAGGCAAACGGAAAAGAUGAUGACCACAAUGCCAAAAGGAAGCUUGGAAGCCGUCUAGAGGAGCGCAUGCAGUUGCCUGUUCCGGAUCUGGAGAAAGGCUGCCAGCUGAUAACGGACCUGAUGGACAAACUGGCCCACAUCUUUGGACAAGGCUUGUCCAACAGUUUCUACCCGGUGCCGCAACAAGCUGUUGGGGUGGGCAGCGCCUUUGAAGGCUGGAGUCCCAGGCAUGCACAAGAUGUUGUGUACCGUGUGCUUGUACCCCUGAGCCCCCCUCCAGGACAUGCCUUCCACCUGGAGCUGGACACUGCAGGGAUGCUCCAGAGGAACUUCUGUGUCCGUGUGGAGCUGCUGUGCACCUGCACGAGGGAGAGGCUGGGGGAGGACAUGCUGUGUUUCCUCCACCACCCCGAGGAGGAGCUGAGAAGGAGACAGGACCCCAGCCUCCUGCACACCCUCUGCACCGGCUCCUAUCUAGAUGCGGAGAAGACUGUCCACUGGUUCUAUGGAUUUGUGAGAGUAGCCUGGCUGCUCUUGCCUCAAUCCCGCCACUGGCGUUUAACAUGGCAGCCCUGCAGCCGCUCCUGUAAAUUUCAGCUGAGCAAAGACAAGGAAAGCUUCACGGCUGAGAUGAUCUUUGCAGUGCGCCAAGGAGACUCCGAUAUCUUUGUGUGCAGCCAGCCUGCAGAAGUAGGCAUCCCAAGCACAACGUGGCCGGAGACUUACGCCGUGGCGGAGGCAAACUUCUUCAGGCACAUUUCCAGGCAGGCCCCCCAGGACAGCUGUCACUGCAAGUGCCUGCAGCUCCUCACAGGCUUCCUGAUGGGUGUAGGUUUUUCCAGCUACGCCCUGAAGACUGUGGUGAUGCACCUCCUGAACACCGAACCCCUGACGCGGUGGCGCAGGAGGGAUUUCGGGCAGCGACUCAUGGACAUCCUGAAGUACCUGCGCUGCUCGCUGGACACAAAACAGCUUCACCACUUUGUCCUUGGCAAUGCGAGCUUCCCGAUGGAGAUCAGCUUGCCCUCCGGCUUCCGGGUGGCUGAAGCACCCAACCUCUUUGAGCACCUGGCCAGCAGUCCAAAUGCCCACAGGAAGGCCGUGCAGGAGUACAAUUGCCUGCUGGAUCGGCUCAAACAACUGCCGAUCCACGGCCAUUGA